AUGCUGGCGGCGGGGAGCGCGGACGGCGCGGAGGGCGCGGGGGGCGAGGGCGUGACAAUGCAGCGCAACAUCACGCUGCUCAAUGGCGUGGCGAUCAUCAUAGGCACCAUCAUCGGCUCCGGCAUUUUCGUAACACCCACCGGUGUGUUUAGAGAGGCGGGUUCGCCCGGGCUGGCGCUGGUGAUAUGGGCUGUUUGUGGCAUUUUCUCCAUCGUUGGCGCUCUCUGCUAUGCGGAGCUGGGCACUACGAUCUCCAAGUCGGGCGGUGACUAUGCUUACAUGCUCGAAGUCUACGGUUCGCUGCCCGCCUUCCUCAAGCUGUGGAUCGAGCUGCUCAUCAUCCGUCCCUCCUCGCAGUACGUCGUGGCUCGUCUUCCAGGGCCCUGGCUCCAUCCCUCGGGCUCUGAGUCCUUGGACUGUGGGACACGGUCCGGGUGCUUGACUUCUCUGGGUCAGUAUUUCAGAGCCUGGAGCAGGGCAGGGGUGGAUGGGUUGUGCCGACAGAGGUUGUGUGAGUCAGCCAUCCAAUCCCGGCAGCGGUCAGGUAUCAGAGGGACUGUCCAGGAAUCCACAACAGAGCAGUUUUGCCUGGAGAGGGGAACAGAGGAUGCCCUGGGGAACCAAGAGCUACAGCCCUCCAGGUGCCGAGAGGAGGCUGCAGUGCUGCUCACGGCCGUGAACUGUUACAGCGUGAAGGCCGCCACACGCGUCCAGGAUGCCUUCGCCGCCGCCAAACUCCUGGCUCUGGCUUUGAUCAUUCUGCUGGGCUUUAUCCAGAUCGGCAAGGGUGAUGUGUCCAAUCUGGAUCCCAAGUUCUCAUUUGAAGGCACCAAACUGGACGUGGGGAACAUCGUGUUGGCGUUAUACAGCGGUCUCUUUGCCUAUGGGGGAUGGAAUUACUUGAAUUUUGUCACAGAGGAGAUGAUCAACCCAUACAGAAACCUGCCCCUGGCCAUCAUCAUCUCCCUCCCCAUCGUCACCCUGGUGUACGUGCUGACGAACCUGGCCUACUUCACCACGCUGUCCAAUGAGCAGAUGCUGACAUCCGAGGCUGUGGCCGUGGACUUCGGGAACUAUCACUUGGGCGUCAUGUCCUGGGUCAUCCCCGUCUUCGUGGGCCUGUCCUGCUUCGGCUCCGUCAACGGGUCCCUCUUCACGUCCUCCAGACUGUUCUUCGUGGGGUCCAGGGAGGGCCACCUGCCCUCCAUCCUCUCCAUGAUCCAUCCGCAGCUCCUGACGCCCAUGCCCUCCCUUGUGUUCACGUGUGCCAUGACCCUGCUGUACGCCUUCUCCAGCGACAUCUUGUCCGUCAUCAACUUCUUCAGCUUCUUCAACUGGCUCUGUGUGGCCCUGGCCAUCAUCGGGAUGCUGUGGCUUCGCUACAAGAGGCCCGAGCUGGAGAGGCCCAUCAAGGUGAACCUGGCACUCCCUGUGCUCUUCAUCCUGGCCUGCCUGUUCCUGAUUGCUGUCUCCUUCUGGAAGACCCCUGUGGAGUGUGGCAUUGGCUUUGCCAUAAUCCUCAGUGGCCUGCCGGUAUACUUCCUUGGGGUCCAGUGGAAAAACAAGCCCAAGUGGCUCCUCCAAGGCAUUUUUUCCACAACAGUCUUUUGCCAGAAGCUCAUGCACGUGGUCCCCCAAGAGACAUAAGAGAGAAGAGCUGGGAAGCGACCGGAUGGAAAAUGCAGGACGAUCGUUUUGAAACAACUCACCCACCUACAAAGCAACUCCAGUCUGUCAUCCAGGCAGCUCAUCUGAGCACCUCACACUGCCCCUCCACCACGUCAGGUGCGGGGGCUGCUGUGAAAAACUGGUACGAAUUUAGUCCCAAUAGACGAACUUUUAUCAAUACCUCCUCAAAAGCGUGAGGCACAAGUGCCGAACUGAGAAGAGGCCGGAGCCCCUGACUGACCAUAGACUUACAGACUUUUUGCUAUGUUGGGCCCUUUACCCUUCCCACCUUUGUUUUUUUUUGUAUUAUUAUUUUUUUUAACUUAAAUUUUGGAUCAGGUUGAUGCUACCAAGAUGAUUAUUUUUUAAAGAAAUGGGGAAGGGCAGGUGGGGAGAGUCUUCUGUCUCCCCUAACUCUGCCCGCAGCAUGAUGGGCCUCGGAGGGAUCAGGUCCUGUCGUCAGGUGUGACCCCCAGGGCCCGUCUCUAGCACAGUCUCGCAGGAGGAGGGAUUCUGAGAGCCACACACUCCUGCUGCCAAUGAGCUGCUGAGACUCGGCCUCACCAUGUGGACAGUAGACUUGCACUAACAGACACGUGUGCUAAGCUUCCUUAUUUUUUUGUUAUAGAUGUAGUGACAUUGGGAAAACUAACGCAGGGCUUAACGUUUCUAUCAUAAAGACCUGAGGAAGAUGCCUCCUUAGCCCCCGAAACGAGAGAAAACCUCAGUGAAACAGCUGCUUCCGGAGUGGUUUAUAGGAGAGCAAAGGACUUGGGCUGAUUCUGUUGCCAGCCCCACCUCCACAGAAAGAGCAGGUUCCUGUGUCUGGUGUUGGCAGCCACUGGGUCUCUGAGCAGGGGUCAUGGGCAGCUGGUCCAUCCUGGAGUUCUCGUAAGGAUGUGCAGAAUAGGGCUGGUUUCUGGGUUAGACCCUGGUCGUACAAGACGCCAUGGGGCUCCUGGACCACAACCCGAACAAAGGCACAAAGGCAGGAGGAUUCAGGCUUCUCCAGGCAGGUGGUGGGCAACACUCUAGGUCUUGCCUGCAGGUAAUGCUGCCUCCUGGCACAUCGUACAUCUGGUUUGGGAACUGACUCUAUUCCUCUCAGACGAAGCGCCAAACUUGAAAUCUGGAAACAGACAAGAUAAGGAGGGCUUCCCAUUGGGUUCCAGAAGACGGCCCCUCCCAGGGUGCACAGAAUCGGCCUCCCUGGCUGGUUGGCAACCCCAGCAGUCUGUCUGAGACUGGCUCCUGGCCAUUGUGCCACCAUCCCCUGCCACAACCUAUGUAACCUGUCCCAGACUCAAUUCCAGACAGAGCCCAGCCCAACUUUGCCCUUCUGACUCUAGAAGCCGCCCUGACUCUCGGGUUUUGACUCCCAGCUCAGCACACCGAUCCUCCUUUCCAGAGAGGCUGUGUUAGCAGGCUUUGGUCCAUGUGGUUCCCAUGGUAUUUUUCCCAAGGGAGGCAGCUGAGGCCCAGCUAAUGUGUCUGGCGACCGGCUGGCUUUUCUGAGCUGUCAGUACAUCCAGGGAGCAGCCUGGGGACCAACAUCAGCUAAGGUCAGGUCAUCCUCUAGGCCCCUGUGUUAGGGGCCGGGAGAGGCUUGGCCUUAGCCUCUGACCAUUGACCUUGCCCCAGGAGGCAGUCGAGCUGAGCUCUCAGGCAUCAGGCCUCAGUGCUCAGCCUUGUGAGCUCCGAAUGGCCUGUUCAGCUUCUGACACCCCCUUAGGCUUCAAGACCCCCACACGGUGCAGUGGAUCCAGAGGAACCUGACAAAUAGCUGGGCCUUGAGAAUGAAAGGAUGUCGGCCAGAUGUUCAUCCCUCCCCUCCCCACCCCGUGCUGGGAGGAAGUAGGGAAGUAGGGCUGGUCAGGAGACCUGAUGGCUCCUGAAGCUUGAGAGCAGACCUCCACAGAAGUCUCCAUCCUCCUGGAGCCAUAGUUUACUCAUCUGGAGUGGAACUUGACAUCUGAAGGCAGGAAGUCACAAGACUGAUUAUUGACUUUGUGUAUUGGGCAAAACUUCCCAGGGAUAGCCGAGAGUCCCAGGGUUCCCUCUUAACACUGGGGCAGGAACUGAAGGAGACAGUGAGAGGUCAAAGGUGGUUCCGGAAUGUGGCUCUCCCCAGCAUCUGGGCUGGGACCUCUGCUGUGAAGGCAGGUUGGGGGACCCAGCCCAGCUCAGGGACCCUCUUCAGAAGGCAGGGACUGCAUCUCGAAGUGCCGAGUCAGGCCUGCUUGCUGAGCGGUCCACCUGUGGCUAUGAGGCUCUGCCCACCCGCCGACACCCUGGGACCCUGCCGUGUUGGCAUUUGGGGAGGCAGAGACUUUGCUCUUUCUGACUACUGACAAGUGUCCUGAGCGUUCACAUUUGUGGCAGUUAGUUUUGUUUUAAACCAAACCCUCGUAUGACCGGCAGGCGUUUGUUUAUUCAUUUUGCUGUUCCAUUUUGUCCUAAUGUCUCGCUAACGUAGAGGAUGCUGUCAGCAUCACAUUUAUUUAUUUGCAGAGUCAAUUCAACCUAGCUUCUGUGAUGCAUUUUCACCAUUCUUGCAUCUCUGUCAUUGUUCCCAGCCACAUCAUUGCUGCCACUGUGAUGUCAUCCUGGCCAGAAUACCUCUGCCAUGAAUUGAUGUGUAGCUUCAA